AUGAAGUUGAGGACGACAGUUCAAAUUUCAUCUGCUAUCGCUCCGAAAAAGCCAACACUCAAGCGUGAAGAUUCGUUUCUUAAGCGCUUCUCCACAAGACAAAUACCGGAGACUCAAGUAGGUUCUAAUGUCCACAAAGAAACUGUUGAAGAUACCGGCUCUGAAGGACCUGAUCCAGACAAAAUCGUUCGACGACGGAAACGCUUUUCCAAACCUCCACGUUCGGUGGUUAAUCCAGAUGAGAACUUUUAUUUCUAUUGGUUAAUGGUGCUUACAUUAUGUGUCUUAUAUAAUUUUUGGACGUUGAUUGUUCGACAAAGUUUCCCUGAACUUCAGGAGAGAGCGUCAGAUUUUUGGUUAAUCUGUGACAGUUUGAGCGAUGUUAUUUUCAUAUUCGACGUCGUAGUGCAACUCAGAACGGGUUAUUUGGAACAGGGUUUAAUGGUACAGAGUAGAACGGUUUGGCCGAAUCUGUGGCGAGUUGUUAACCUCAUCCAUAUUCUUCUAAUUCUCGCUCAUUGGUUUGGAUGCUUCUAUUUUCUGUUAUCUGAAGCAGAAGGCUUUCAGGGAGAUUGGGUUUAUCCCUUCCGUCCAGGUGAUUACGCAACAUUAAGUAGGAAAUAUUUGGGCAGUUUAUAUUGGUCAACCCUCACUUUAACGACAAUCGGUGAUUUACCUACACCAGAAACAAAUGCCGAGUAA